AUGAGCGGAAUUCGUCACGGUAUUAGAGUAAGACAGAGGGCAUUAGAGAGCGUUAGGUGCGCAGGCGCAGGUGUCGCGUUAGCCACGCUACCGGGCAGUAAGCGGAGAAGACUGUCAAAAGACGGAGAUACUAAACUUAACACGACUUAUGCGGAAAUGACGCAUGGAGAAACGAUUGGCCAUGACUUGGCACCGAUUACGCGCUUAGAACGU